GUUUGGACCGUGACAGGUGCCGUCCAAAACCCGGAAGUAUUGGCAGACAUUGUACUGAUCUUUAAACUUUCAGGAAGCGCGUGUGGAUCGGAGGAUCUUGAAAAGCGAAAUGGACUCGUGGGUUCGGUUCAGCGGCCAGAGCCAGGCCAAGGAGCGAGUCAUCAGAGCGGCGCAGUACGCUUGCACAUUAAUUGGAUAUACGCUGCAGAAGAGCGGAGCCAGCGCAGAACUCAUCUUGGGCCUCAAACAGUUGGAAAGUCAUCUGAGUUUGGGGCGCAAGUUGUUCCGUUUGGGGAACUCGGUGGAGGCGCUGGAGUCAGCGAAACGCGCAAUUCAUCUGUCCGACCUGGUCCUGCGCUUCUGCAUAACGGUCAGUCACCUCAACCGGGCCAUGUAUUUUGCCUGCGACAACAUUCUGUGGGUCGGGAAAUGUGGCCUCUCCCCUAAGGUCGACCAGAACAAGUGGAGCGAACGCUCAUUCAGGUAUUACCUCUUCUCGCUGCUCAUGAACCUCAGUAGAGACCUGUAUGAGAUUAAACUCCUGAUGGAGGCAGCAACCAGCGGCAAGCAUCCAUCUGCCAAACUGAGUGAGGAGAAUGGUGUAGUCUCUCGUGGCUCCUCUUUCUGCCACCCCGUGGCCCUCCAGAUCCGCCUGCUGAUCCACAUCUUCCAGAGCAACCCCCCUCUCCUCUUGGACCUGCUCAAGAACACCUGUGACCUCUUCAUUCCUCUGGACAAGCUGGGACUGUACAAGACCAACCCUGGAUUUGUGGGCUUCUGUGGACUGACCUCCUCCAUAUUGUCCAUCCUCACCCUCCUCCACCCUUGGCUGAAGCUGAAGCCCUGAGCCCCGCCUCAAAUCCUCCCCCGCUCUGCCAGGUGCCAUUUUAACCCAAAUGCUUCUCUCCAAUGAAAGCAAAACCCAUUCUGAAAUGGUGUGACUUUUUAAGGGUGCUGUGCUGGACAUUUUAGGUUGAUCUAGAACCUAGCUGAUCUAGAACAUUAGUCAAUAGAACAUUAAUAUUCAGCAGUUGGUCUUCUGUAUGGUCUGACUGGACAUUUAAAGUUGAUCUAGAACGUGGUUGAUCUAGAACAUUACUCAAAAGCACAUUUAUCUUCAGUUGUAGAUGCAGGGUCUGACUGUGCAUUUGAGGUUAACCUAGAACCUAUCUGAUCUAGAACAUUUGUCAGUAGAACAUUGAUCUUCAGCAGUUGCUAAACUAGAAAGGUGGGCAAAGCUGGAAGGUGAAGGGCUGAGGAUCACCAUUCUAGAUGCAGGGUCAUAGAUUUUAUUUUAAAGAGGAACUUAAACCAAAACCCUACAUUAACGAAUCUGCACGCAGAGAAGCCAUUGGGGAUAUGGCUGUAGUUGCAUGUGAUUGGGCGGCCUCAUUUAUACAUGCAAUGAAUAGCAGAUUGAUCCCUAAAAUGCAUCCCCUGUACUCAUGCCUGCAAGCAAUUAGCUGUCUGGCCGCGGUGGAACUACAACUCACUGCAUAAGGAAUGGGCAUGUUUCAGUAUUUUAUAGCCGCCCCUUAUCAUUUAAGCUUUAGGAGGGAUGCUGGGAUAUGCAGUUCUCUAAAAUCUAUAGGGUCUAGAAAGCUGUAGUUUAACAUGAAUUACCCCCAGGUACCCCUCAGUGGUACUUGCACCCCCUCCCCAGCUAUAGCUGCCUGAGGCGCUCCCAUUAUUACAUUACUGUAUCUCUGGUUUAACACUGUAGUGUCACCAUUGUGAGGCUUUGUCAGAUUAAAGGCCAAGUUGUCCCAAAUGAAUAAUAAUGCUGCAGCCCUGUGUAGGCACCACAUUUAUACUGGGUCAGAGAAUAGCAAUAAGGCACCCACAUAUCUUGUCUGAUACACAGGUGAGUGCUGAUUGGUGGGAGUGCCCAAUAUGUUUAUGGCUUUCAUAGAGACGUCAUUAGCACUUAUAUACUUAUGCAGCACCACCAGCCGACGUGAUCACUUCUGUAUAUAAUAGAAAGCCUGUAAUUCUGUAAAUACUGUUUAUUUGUAACUAUGGAUGUUUUUGGAAAUUAAACUAUUAAUUACUUUA